AUGGGAAGUAAUGCUUGGGGCUGUCUGGGGUUGGGUCACAAGAAUGAAGUGAAAACACCACAAAUUAUACCACAGUUAUGUAAUCAAAGGAUACAACGAUUUAUGAAUGGAGGGGACUUUGUGUUCGCUAUCAAUCACGUGAAUCAUGUGUUCAGUGGGGGUAACAAUUGGGUGAAACAGUUGGGUAGACAUACGAAAGGAUUAGGUUUUGAAAUCAUAUCCGAAUUGAAUGACAAGAAUAUCACACAAAUAUGUUGUGGUACUAAUCACUCCCUGGCCCUCACCACCAAUGGACAGGUGUAUGCGUGGGUAUCAAAAUUUGAAAACAAAUCAUUUGAAAAUCAUUAUCAAAACCUUUUUGAGGAGUUGUCGCCAAUAGGUUUGGGAGGUUUUGGAACAGUAUUUAAAGUGAAGCAUAGAUUCGAUGAACACAUAUAUGCCGUCAAAAGAGUGCAAUUGAAGGAUUCUUCUGAUAAAAAUAUGAAUAGAAUUCUGAAAGAAGUGAAAAAUUUAGGAAAAGUUCGGUCAGAAUAUGUGGUCCAGUAUUACAACUCAUGGCCCGAAACCAACUUCCUUUACAUUCAAAUGGAGUUCUGUUCAGAGAAUUUAAGGAAUAUUCUCGAAAUUAAACCAAAAGUAUUUGACAGAGACUUAGGGGAAGCCAUGAGUUCUUAUGAGUACUUCAUUUCGUGUGAAAUAUUCCGUCAAAUCUUAGAAAUUCUCAAGACUUUUACUCCGGGAAUGAGACACUAA